AUGAGGCAUCCCAACACGGUAGAAGGAGUUCCGCCUAUCGAAGUUGAGAGGGCCAAUUUGAAAAAAAGAAAAAGUUGAGAGGGACAGAGAGGGAAACAUCUGGGCAUUCUCGUUGCAGAAAGUAGAGCGCUGUACAAACGGGCCUUCACGAACCAAGAGACAUCUAUCAAAUUUCAUGGCGUCCUCUCCACAAUCCUCCUCCUCUGCACCCAAAGCCGACGACAAGGCAGCGUCCCACAAAGAAAUCUACGACCAGCUACUAGAGGUCGUGUCCACCUACCCGACGGCGCCUAGCGGCAUCGGCCGCCCGUACACCCACCACCCAGACGGCUGGUACGCGUUCACGCCGGCCGUCGUGAACGCCAUGGUCAUCAAGCGGCACCUCAAGGCGUGCGACACCGACGUCUUCCUCUCCACCUUUCCGAAGUCCGGCACCACCUGGCUCAAGGCGCUCCUGUUUGCGACCCUCCGCCGCACCGCGGACGGGCCAGCGAUCGCGGCGCUCGCAGCCCACAGCCCCCACCAGCUCAUCCCUUUCCUCGAGGUCCAGGUUUUCAGCAACGGCCGGAUCCCAGACCUGAGCUCCCUCCCUGCGCCGCGGCUCCUGAUGACGCACAUCCCGUCCCGGUCGCUGCCGGAGUCCGUGGCCGCCUCCGGCUGCAAGGUGGUGUACCUGUGCCGGGACCCCAAGGACUGCUUCGUGUCGCUCUGGCACUUCUGGAACCGGUUCGCGCCGUCGCCGUGGGACCUCGGUGAGGCGCUCCAGCAGUUCUGCGACGGCGUCUCCCUGUUCGGGCCUUUCUGGGAGCACGUGCUGGGCUACUGGCGCUGGCAUGUGGAGAGGCCGGAGCAGGUUCUAUUCCUGACCUACGAGGAGCUCGCCGCCGACACCCUCGGCCAGCUGAAGCGGCUCGCUGCGUUUCUCGGGCGCCCGUUCACGUCAGAGGAGCGGGAAGCCAGGGUAGACAGGGAGAUCGUGGAGGCAUGCGCCAUGGAGAGCCUGGCGGGACUGGAGGUGAACCGCUCCGGGAAGACGGACAUGACCGAGUCUUCAGUGGCGAACAACAUAUUCUUCCGGCGCGGCGUCGUUGGCGACUGGAAGAACCACCUGACGCCGGAGAUGGCUAGAAGGAUCGAUGAGAUCACCGAUAGCAAGUUCAGAGGAUCGGGGUUGGCGUUGACGCCGGCAACCGCAGAUCAGAACUAGUGGGUUCAUGAUGGCAGAUGCUAUAUAAAUAAGGACGACUUGCGCAACAUUUUUAUAAAAUAUUGUACUAUUAAUGUCAGGCAUGAUAACUUGAUCAGCAAACAUGCGAAGGGAAAUAACAGAAGUGUUACCAUACA